AUGUCCGAAAUCCACCGUGCCAGCACUACCGCCCCGGUAAACAUCGCAGUCAUCAAAUACUGGGGAAAACGCGACCCAAAGCUCAACCUUCCCACCAACUCGUCCCUUAGCGUUACCCUUGCGCAGUCCGACCUCCGCACCCACACCACCGCAUCGUGCUCGUCCAGCUACCCGAAAGAAGACACGCUCCUCCUCAACGGCCAAUCGCAAGAUGUCUCGGGUGCCAGGACGCAGGCAUGCUUCAGGGAGCUCAGAGCACUGAGGAAACAGCUCGAGGACAAGGACUCCAGCUUGCCCAAGCUCGCAGAUCUUCCUCUCCGCAUCGUCUCGGAGAACAACUUCCCUACCGCCGCUGGACUGGCGAGCUCAGCUGCUGGCUUUGCUGCGCUCGUUCGCGCCAUUGCCAACCUCUACGAACUCCCCGCGUCGCCGACAGACCUCUCUCGCAUCGCUCGACAAGGCUCCGGCUCAGCAUGCCGCUCGCUCUUCGGCGGCUACGUAGGCUGGGAACAAGGCUCUGCCGCUGAUGGCAGUGACAGCGUGGCUUUCCAGGUCGCAUCUGCGAGCUAUUGGCCCAACAUGCGCGCCGUCAUCCUGGUUGUCAGUGCAGCAAAGAAGGGCGUAUCCAGUACGACUGGUAUGCAGACCACAGUCGCCACGUCCAGCCUCUUCCAGUCAAGAGCGACCGAGACUGUGCCCAGGCGCAUGAAGGAGAUGCAGGACGCUAUCCAGAACAAGGACUUUGAGGCAUUCGGCAAGGUUACCAUGAUGGACAGCAACUCGUUCCACGCCACUUGCCUCGACACCUUCCCGCCAAUCUUCUACCUCAACGACGUUUCCCGCGCUGCUAUCAAAGUUGUUGAAAGCAUCAACGCUGCCGCUGGAAAGAUCAUUGCGGCGUACACCUUCGAUGCCGGUCCAAACGCGGUUGUGUACUACCUGGAAGAGAACGAGAAGGAAGUCGCAGGUCUCUUCAAGACCAUUCUUAACGAGAAGGAUGGAUGGCAGGGCGAGCGGGGACAGGCUGUCCAGGCAAACGCCGAGGCUCUCGAGAAGGUCAAGUUCGAGGCGGGUCCUGCUAUCGCGUUGUUGGAAGAGGGUGUCAGCAGGGUCAUCUUGACGGGUGUUGGCGAGGGUCCAGUCAAGACUGACGAGAGUUUGAUCAACGAGAAGGGCGAGCCUGUCAAGAGCGCCUAGAAGCAGGGCGCCGAGUAAGAGUCCCAAACACGAGUAAAUACCCUAAUACAAAGCACAAUAUCAUCGUUUC